AUGGCCUCCCGAACCACCUUCACAGACCACAAGGACACCUACCAAGCCGCCUUGGUCAGUCUGUUUUCAGGCAAGCCAGAAGAUACAGAAGGGGAUUUAUCCAAAUUGCUUGCCCCCAACUUUACUCUGCGAGAUCAGGAUGGCACGCGCGACUUUGCGGCGUUUGUGUCGCACAUGCGCUGGCUACGCCAGAAUGUGCCCAGAGUCACUCUCACCAUUACCCAAUUCCUCCGCGACGGGCCCCAGGUAGCCGACAGACACGUGGGGAUAACGACACUGGAAGACGGUACGGUUUUGAAGUCCGAGACGUUCAUGUUUGGAGUCGUUGCCGAGGACGGGAGACUGGUCUCUCUCGUGGAAACCGUCAAUCAAAUCAAGGAUUAA